UUAAAAGGUGACUUCCGAGAAAUCAUUGUCUCUCCCUCAGAUAUCCCUUGUAAUCGUCCUGAAAAUAUUCCUGAUGGACAAUUUGAUCCUGACCCUAAAGAUGAAUAUUAUGUAGACUCAGUUGUAAUCUACCGCUGCAACCGUGAUUUCUCCCUGAUUGGAAAUUCAACCAUCACAUGCAUAACUACAGAAGAUGGCCGAAAUGGAAAGUGGAAUUUACCUGCCCCUGAAUGUAAAAAGGUCAAGUGUGAUCCACCAAAAGUGGAAAAUGGGAAAUUAACUAAUUUACCUAAGCCUUCAUAUACCUAUAAUGAAGCCAUCAGCUUUGAAUGUAAUUCCGGCUAUUCUGCUGUGGGAAACCUGCAUAUUAAAUGUGGGGCUAACAGUUCAUGGGUUCCUGCCAUCCCCGAAUGUGUUAAAGAUAACUGCACCUCUCCCGUACCGCCCGCUCAUUCAACACUUAAGGAAGACGUCCCAAAAGAAGGCUAUCCAGUUGGAACUGUCCUGACAUACCACUGCAUCUCAGGUUAUGAAUAUAUCCCUGAAACUAACCCUUCAAUUACAUGUCUGAACACUUCAAAAUGGUCUGAAAUUUCAUCAUUGUGUCAAGGGAGGAAAUGUCCCACUCCAAAUAUACCAAAUGGCAAGACAGAUGCUGAUGAUGACGACGACAUCCGUUUGGGUGGCAAUGUAACUUUCUCCUGUGUAUCUGGGUUUAGACUUGUUGGUGAAGCUACACUUAAGUGUGUUCUGAAAGAUAGCAAGGUUGAUUGGAAUAGAGAGUUCCCAGUUUGCGAAC